GGGCCUUCAGGUAGGAGGUCCUCGGUGACUUUGGACGCCCGCAGUUUCCCGGUGCUGAGACUGGUAAGGCUUGGGCCUGGAGGUGUGUUUCUUCGUUCUUUCCGUCCGUGAGGCUGUGACACAAACAUGCUCCGCCAGAUCCUCGGCCAGGCCAAGAAGCACCCGAGCUUGAUCCCCCUCUUUAUAUUUAUUGGAGCUGGAGGUACUGGAGCAGCACUGUAUGUCUUGCGCCUGGCGAUGUUCAAUCCAGAUGUCAGUUGGGACAGAAAGAAUAACCCAGAACCCUGGAACAAAAUAAGUCCCAAUCAACAAUACAAGUUCUACUCAGUGAAUGUGGAUUACAGCAAACUGAAGAAAGAAGGCCCAGACUUCUAAAUGAAAUAUUUCCCUUUAAAGCUGCUUAACAUGAAGGUCUUCCAGAAGCCAUCCGCACAAUUUUCCACUUAACCCGGAAAUAUUUCCCCUCUAAAUACACGAAAUCAUGUUGGUGUAUCAUGUUGAGGUGUACACUGAUUAAUAAAUAUCUGAAACUUGA